AUGCUGAGCUCCCGGGCCUCCCUGUCCGGGCCCGGCCUGCCGGGGUCCGCGGCGCUGCCCGGGGGGCCCCCCGCAGCAGCAGCAGCAGCAGCAGCGGGGGCCCCCGGGCGCGCGGAAAGCUACAAAACGGUGCUGCUGGGCGAGGCCUCGGUGGGGAAGUCCAGCCUGGUGCUGCGGUUUGUGAAAGACAGCUUCAGCGAGGCCAUGGAAACCACAAUUGGAGCUGCUUUUUUCGCAAAAACAAUCGAAGUUGACGGAAAUUUGGUGAAGUUCGAAAUCUGGGACACGGCGGGCCAAGAGCGGUUCGCCUCGCUGGCCCCCAUGUACUACCGCGGGGCUGCUGCAGCGGUGGUCGUGUAUGACCAGACCAGUGGUCCAUCUUACGCGCGGGCGCAGCAGUGGGUGCAGCAGCUGCAGCUGAGCAGCAGCAGCGGGGCCGUGAUCGCGCUGGCAGCAAACAAGGCGGACCUGCUGCAGCAGCAGCAGGUCGAGCCUGCUGCAGCGCGCCAGUUUGCUGCAGAUAAUGGACUUCUUUUCCUCGAAACUUCCGCCAAAACGGGACUCAAUGUCCUCAAACUUUUCCAAAUGAUCGCCAGGAGACUCCCCGAAAAACACAAGCUGCAGCAGCAGCAGCAGCUGCCCGGACUCCAGACCAUUAAACUCACCGCCGACGAGGGGGGGGGCCCCCAGGGGCCCUCCCUCUCCGCCAAGCUCGGCUGCUGCGGCUCUUCUUGA